AUGCGAGCUAUAGAAGUUUUUGUCCUGUUGAUUCUUGUAGGAUCUCUUACGACUGCCAAAUUAGAACGAUCAUCUAAAGGUGUAAGGGGUCAACGAAAUCGUCCAGGACAGUUACAAAAUGGUGGCAUUAUUUCCCAAGUUCCGUUUUUGUCACCUAAAGAACGCAACUAUAUCAACAAAGCUGGUCAACGAAUCGUAAACUUCAUGGAUGUUUUUCACGGCGUUUUAUUCAAUCGAGGAAAACAGUCAUUACCUGCUAUAACCGGAAGUGUCGACGACAAUAUGAAAAUGGCGAUGGCGAAAGCCAGACGAGCAUAUUACAGUUCAGCAGCUCAAACAAUUCAAGGUUUAAAAUUGAAAACAAAUAAUACUUUCAAAGAACUCAAAGAUUCAGUCAAAUUGUUACCAAUUUUCAAGGUUCAGGCUGCUAGGAGAUUCAGGAAACCAAUGCUGACCACAGGGACAACCACAGAGAUGCGACCCCAGAGGCUAUCACAUGGGCAUCACAUCCUCGAUCAGUGA